UCCCCUUUUACCUCUCCCCUCCCCUCAGCGCUUGUGCGAUCAGAGCGAUCUAAGAUGGCGACGGUGGAACCGGAAACCAUUUCUAACCCUCAGACUUCAGAAGAAGAGAAAACUGAGACAUCAGCAACUCAGGAGAUAGUGAGUCCUGAAACAUACGUUAAGCAUCCAUUACAAAACAGGUGGGCACUCUGGUUCUUUAAAAAUGACAAAAGUAAAACUUGGCAAGCAAAUCUUCGCCUGAUCUCAAAGUUUGAUACUGUUGAAGAUUUUUGGGCGUUGUAUAACCAUAUCCAGCUCUCUAGUAAUUUAAUGCCUGGUUGCGAUUACUCACUCUUUAAGGAUGGUAUUGAACCCAUGUGGGAAGAUGAGAAGAAUAAACGGGGAGGGCGAUGGCUAAUUACACUAAACAAGCAGCAGAGACGAAGUGAUCUUGAUCGCUUCUGGCUAGAGACACUGCUGUGCCUUAUUGGAGAAUCUUUUGAUGACUACAGCGAUGAUGUAUGUGGAGCUGUUGUUAAUGUUAGAACCAAGGGGGAUAAAAUAGCAAUAUGGACUACUGAAUGUGAAAACAGAGAUGCUGUUACACAUAUAGGGAGAGUAUACAAGGAAAGGUUAGGACUUCCUCAAAAGAUAGUGAUUGGUUAUCAGUCCCAUGCUGACACAGCUACUAAAAGUGGCUCUACCACUAAAAAUAGGUUUGUUGUUUAAGAAGACACCUUCAAAGUAUUUCAUAGGAGACUGCGUCAAGCAAUCGAGAUUUGGGAGCUGAACCAAAGCCUCUAUAAAAGCAGAGUGGACUGCAUUUAAAUCUGAUUUCCAUCUAAAUGUUCUAAAUUUGUGAAACUCUCAUUUGCUUUGUCUUGUACUUCUGUUUUCUCCCCCCCCACCCCAUUUUUUGGCUAAAGGUAACCUUUUCCAAUCAAAGAAUUUCAGUGCAACGUUUGUCCCUCAAAUCCAUAUACAUCUCCCUAACCCAUUCUCUGAUGCUUCUUAAGAAAGUAACUAUUAUAUUAAAAAAAUCCUGAAAACAGUGCCAUUUCUACAGGGGAAUAAACUACUACUUUUUUCAUCUUUGCAUUGUAUGCAAUAACAUGUUUUGCUGGUUUGAAAGAAGAGUAUGACGCAUACAUUUUUCUAGCAAAUCUUUCUUUAUACGGCAUGGUCAUUGCUGUAAUUGAUGCUGAUGGCUGCUAGAUUUAAUUUAUUUGUUUCCCUUUCUGAUAACAUUAGUGAUAUUCUGAUUUCAGUUCUUGCUCAUGUAACAUUGGUGAAGGAUCUGGGAAUAUGACAAAAGGUUUAAUAAACAUUAAUUUUGUGCAUUCUAUGGUAAUUAUUUUGUAAUAUCAAAGCUUUGCUACAAAUUUCAUGCAUUUCAAGUCAAAUCAGUGAUGUUUGUGUGAUUUCCUGAACAUAAUUGUGGAUUUUUAAAAAAAUGUUAACACCAGAAUUACAUUCCUUACUAGAAAUAGUAUUCCUGUUUUUUGUAUCUUAUGCUGUAUUUUAACACUUUGUAUUCCUUAGGUUAAAUUUUGCUUUGGUUUAAGUACGGCUCAAAUAGAAAAGCAGUCCCAUUCAUAUUAAGACAGUGUACAAAACUGUAAAUAAAAUGUGUACAGUGAAUUGUCUUUUAGACAA